UACUUUGUCUUAACCUUUUCCAUACAAAAAAAAAUCCAAACCCAUGUAGUUCACACUUUUCCCUAUACUCUAAAUCAUUUCCUUGUAAUCACAUUUUUGUCUAUUUCUUCAAACCCACAUCAAAAGUUUUGUUUUUUUCACUUUUCUUUUAAUAUAUCACCAAUAAAGGAAAGGGGGAAAAUGGUGUUUUGUCAGUUGCAGAGCCCUCAGCUAUGGCUAUUGCCCUCUAGAAUUUCCAGGCCGACUCAAACCUCAUGUUCAGCCAGAACACAAGGAAUAAGAGGUUCAAAAAAUAUGAUACUUUUCCAGAAAUCAAGAAGCAACUUUUGGUGGAACAGUUCUUCAUCUAACAAUGUGCAAAACUUUAUAUACAACCGAGGAAAACGACAAGUUACUAUUCAAAGCACAACAAACAACUCAGAGUGUGUUUUGGAUAAUUCAAAUGUCGAAUUCUUUAGGAUGGGCCAGCACAACAAUUCUCUGGUACAGGAUAACCAAACUAUACUUGUGUCUGGAACUUUGUCAUCAUUUUUCUUACUGAGAUUGUUGCAACUAGAUUUUAUCAACUCAUUAAUAAAGAUCGUUCAUGACAUAUUUCGGCAUCUACAUCAGACAUCAACGGCUACAAGCUUACCUUUUGCCUGCCUAUCUAGUUCCGUGAAUAAACCAAGACCUCUUAACUUGGAUGUGUCCUUGCCUACAAUUAAGGAUCUUCGAUGGAACAUGUCACGGUUACUCUAUUUAUUCAACAUUCAACUUGAGAAAAAUGUUGCGACGAUUCUUGUGGUUCUCCUUGUAGUAUGCGUCUCUUUUAUAGUUGUCGGUGGUUUCUUGCUCUUCAAGUUUAGGGGUAAUACACAUUCUUUAGAAGACUGUGUCUGGGAGGCGUGGGCAUGCCUGUGUUCAUCAUCUACCCAUUUAAAACAAAGAACACGUAUCGAACGUGUUGUUGGCUUUGUUCUUGCUAUAUGGGGCAUCUUGUUUUAUUCUCGAUUGUUAAGCACAAUGACAGAACAGUUCAGAAGAAACAUGCAAAAACUCAGGGAAGGAGCGCAAAUGCAAGUUUUGGAGGCUGAUCAUAUCGUCAUUUGUGGGUUAAAUGGACGUCUGUCUUUCAUUCUAAAGCAACUAAAUAGAUCUCAUGAACUCGCUGUGCGUUUAGGGACUGCUACAGCCAGGAGGCAGAGAAUUCUUCUUAUGUCGGAUCUUCCGAGAAAGCAAAUGGACAAACUAGCUGACAGCAUUGCCAAGGAUCUUAACCAUAUCGAUGUCCUCACAAAGAGUUGUAGCCUUAGUUUGACAAAAUCAUUUCAAAGAGCGGCAGCUAAUAGGGCACGUGCCAUUGUCAUAUUGCCUACAAGAGGAGACCAGUAUGGAAUUGAUUCUGAUGCAUUUCUCUCUGUACUAGCACUUCAACCUAUUCCCAAGAUUGAAAAUGUCCCAACAAUUGUCGAGGUUUCAAAUUCCACUACAUGUGAGCUCUUAAAGUCGAUCUGUGGACUGAAAGUAGAGCCAGUAGAAAAUGUCGCUUCUAAAUUAUUUGUUCAAUGUUCUCGGCAAAAAGGGCUCAUAAAGAUCUAUAGGCACUUGCUUAAUUAUAAAAAGAAUGUAUUCAAUCUUUGCCGUUUUCCUAGUCUAACAGGAUUGACUUAUAGAAAAAUAAGACGGGGAUUUCAAGAGGCAGUUGUUUGUGGUCUUUAUCGGGACGGUCAGAUAUACUUCCAUCCCAAGGAUGAUGAAAUUCUUCAGCAAACUGACAAAGUAUUGCUAAUUGCACCUAUUCAUAAGACAUGGAAACAACAACAGGCAUUGGAGGAUGAUGGAAAAGAAGAAACCAAAAGACUCCGAGGCAUGGAAGUUUUCAAAACAAUCGUUGAUACUCCAGAUCAUGAUUUCGAAUUAAGAAAGGAACAGUUUACUAAAAUCGUAAAGCGUCCCAAAAUAUUUGGAUCAAAGGCAUCAGACCAGACUAUCGGACCCACGGAAUGCAUACUUAUCCUUGGAUGGCGCCCGGGUGUUAUUCAAAUGAUUGAAGAAUAUGAUAAUUAUCUCGGCCCUGGAAGCGUAUUGGAAAUAUUGUCUGAUGUUCCAUUAGAAGAAAGGAAGAGAGCAAGCUCCGUCUCAGGUCAAGCAAAACUAAAAAAUGUUCAGGUUAUCCAUAAGAUCGGAAACUCCAUGAACUAUGAUACAUUAGAGGAAACUAUAAUGAACGUACAAAAUAAUGUCGUGAAACCGAAUCGUAUUCCUUUUUCCAUUGUUGUGAUUUCCGAUAGAGAAUGGCUUCUUGGAGAUCCAUCUAGAGCAGACAAGCAAUCUGCAUACUCACUUCUUCUCGCGGAGAAUAUCUGCAAUAAACUUGGAGUGACAGUGCAAAAUCUGGUUGCAGAGAUAGUCGACUCGAAAUUAGGCAAACAAAUUACGAGAAUCAAGCCAUCCCUGACUUAUAUUGCCGCGGAGGAAGUGAUGAGUCUCGUAACAGCUCAAGUGGCCAAGCAUAGUGAACUAAAUGAGGUCUGGAAAGACAUUUUGAAUGCUGAAGGUGAUGAAAUAUAUGUGAAGGAUAUUGGCCUUUACAUGAAAGAAGGUGAGAACCCUUCGUUCUCUGAGCUAACCGAGAGAGCAUGCUGGCGUCAAGAAGUUGCAAUCGGAUAUGUGAAAGACAAUCAUAAGGUACGUUACACUUUUUGCUCGAUUAUAAACACGUUUUCUUCGAUGCCUAAAUGUGUUUUCUUUGUUCCACCUCAGGUUAUUAACCCGACUCCAAAGACAGAACCUCUCUCCCUAGGAAUGUCGGAUUUACUAAUCGUCAUUUCCGAGCUAGAAGGUGAGCAACCUAUUGUCGUCUAAAAUGCAAGUAACUCCAGCCAUUUUCGUUCCACUUUGCACUUUUUUUUUCUCUCAAUAAAUUCUUACGGUUCCAAGGGCGUCGACUUUGGAAACUGUUUCAUAGAUAAGGCUGUCCCAUGAAAAUAUGUUUUCUGUCAUGGGAAAAUGUUGUAAAUUUUGUAGGAAAAUCAAUAAAUUUCUUCUUUUUCCUGAGAAAA